UAUAGAUCGAGACCAUAGAAAAAAUUAUAUCUGUCAAAACAACUAAUAAAUACAAAACGUAUUUGAAAAACUGCAAACAAAUAUAAAGCAAUUUUCAUUGUAGUAGGAUAAAAAUGAUCAAGAUAGAACGUGACGAAGAAGAGAAAAAAGAAUGUUUAAUUAACUAUAAAGUUGAAUAUGUGGAUGAUGAAGAUGAUGAAAAAGAACAGUAUAAACUCAAGAUUGAAGAUAUGGAUAUUGUUGAAAACCUUGUAGAUGUAAAAGUGGAAUCCACAUUGUCUAUCGAUACUCUAAAAAAAUAUGAUGAGGAUGCGCUUUCCAAAUUGGAAGUUGAUGAGUCCCCCAAGCAAAUUAAUUCUGAGAACUCUUGUGAUAAUGCUUCAAUUCAAAAGUCAAGCUUUGAAGAGCAUAUAGACUCAAAUCAUUCGAAUUUCAAGAAACACAAAUGUCACCUAUGUGGUUAUGCUUCAGUUCGAAAGGGACGUCUUCAAGUGCAUAUAGAAUCUGUUCAUUUGAAUAUAAAACGCCAUAAGUGUCAUCUCUGUGAUUAUGCCUCAGCUGAAAAAGGAAACGUUAAAUCUCAUAUUAAAUCAAUCCAUUUAAAUGUAAGGAAACAUAAAUGCCAUUUAUGCGAAUUUGCAUCAGCUCGAAAUGAUGACCUCAAAAAACAUAUAGAUUCGGUCCAUUUAAAUAUUAAACAGAAUAAAUGUCACCUUUGUGAAUUUGCUUCAAUUCAUAAGAGAAACCUUGAAGAGCAUAUAGAUUCGGUUCAUUUGAAUUAUAAGAAAUAUGAAUGUCACCUAUGUGAUUAUGCUUCAGUUCGAAAGGCACGCCUUGAAGAGCAUAUAGAUUCAGUGCAUUUGAAUUCAAAGAAAAAUAAGUGUCACUUAUGUGACUAUGCAACAGUUCGAAAGGAGUACCUUAAAGUUCAUAUAGAAUCUGUUCAUUUUAAUAUUAAGAAACAUAAGUGUCACUUAUGUGACUAUGCUAGUCGUCAUAAGGUACACCUCAAAUCUCAUAUAGAAUCCGUUCAUUCGAAUGUGAAAUAACUGUAUAUUAAGUUUAUAUUUCUCAGUUAAAUGUCAAUAUGAUCCUCCUUAUUUCUUAGAAUUAUCGAUUAAUUCUAAGAAAUUAAUCUAAGUAUUCUAAGGUUUAUUACCUACUGUAAAAAAAUAUAUUUGCUUUAUUAAAAAUUUGUGAGAAUA